UCUGCGGCAACGGGCGGCAAAAGCGGAAAACCGAACGAAACGAAUCCCGAACCGAACGAAGUGAAGACAAGAAUUUUUAGCGUGGAAAACCCGUGUGAAAACCGAAACGUGUACGUGUGUGUUUGUGUGUGUGUGCAACGGCAGGCGCCGCAGUGGAAAUUGCGGACAGGAAACCGCGUUUCGUUUACAUUUCUCGUUUUCGCCCACACAGCAAAUGCCUUGGCCUUUGCCAUUUCCAAGUGUUUAAAAUAUUUCGAAAAAAUCAUCUUUGGAUGGGAGUUUUCGUAUAACUAUUGUAUGGCAUAAAACCCAGGAAAAAUCAAGUAAAUCAAUGCCCAAGUGAGGCAAUAAUUAACUGUUCGAUAGACAUUUAAACACACAAAAAGCCUAUGGAAAACCCUUAAAAAUAACGAAAAAAAAACAAACUACAAAUAAAAACCACAUAAAAUAACGAGAAAAAAUUACAACAACAAAUUCCAAAGAUUGUGGCAUGUGGCAAGUAGCAUUAUAGCCAUCAAAGUGGCAUUGCCAUUCCGACAUUAAAAUGCAAUUUACGCGCUCGCGGCCAGUGAUUGUCAAACUGUUACCGUCGGCAUCUCGCUCGCUCCUUACGCCCGGCGUGCCCGUCUCUUUCGCACUUGAAUGGAAUGGAUUAAUAUUUUUGUAAAUAUCAAUCGUGCAGCAACAGCUGCGGCCACGCAUUAAACAGACAACAAAGAGAAAAAAAACACAACAAAAAAACAAAAAACAAAAUCAACGAGUAAAAGGCCAGGAAAAUCGAGCAAAAAGCACAGCAAACACGGGCAAACAUGUCGACCAUAAAGCUGCUCAUUAUCGGCAAACUUUGGCUUUGGAUUGGUCUGAUGAUUGGAGUGGUGCAGCAGAUCGGGGCCGAUGAUUCGCUGGAUACACGUGAAGGCGUCGAUCUGGUGCUCAAGUGCCGUUUCACCGAGCAUUACGAUUCGACUGACUUCACCUUCUACUGGGCCCGAUGGACAUGUUGUCCCACAUUGUUCGAGAACGUGGCCAUUGGCGAUGUGCAGCUCAAUUCGAAUUAUCGCUUGGACUUUCGACCGGGCCGCGGCAUUUACGAUCUGCAAAUAAAGAAUACCUCCUACAAUCGCGACAAUGGACGCUUCGAGUGCCGCAUUAAGGCCAAAGGUACCGGGGCGGAUGUGCACCAGGAGUUCUACAAUUUGACGGUGCUGACGGCUCCGCAUCCGCCGAUGGUCACGCCGGGCAACAUUGCUGUGGCCACCGAGGAGAAGCCUUUGGAGCUCACCUGCAGCAGCAUUGGCGGCUCACCGGAUCCCAUGAUAACCUGGUAUCGCGAGGGCAGCACCGUCCCACUGCAGUCGUAUGCUCUGAAGGGCGGCUCCAAGAACCACUACACAAACGCCACACUACAGAUUGUGCCCAGGCGGGCCGACGAUGGCGCCAAAUACAAAUGUGUCGUUUGGAAUCGUGCCAUGCCGGAGGGCCAUACGCUCGAGACCAGCGUCUCUCUAAACGUCAACUAUUACCCUCGAGUGGAGGUGGGACCCCAGAACCCCAUGCGGAUUGAACGCGAUCAUGUUGCCAAACUCGAGUGCCGUGUGGACGCCAAGCCGAUGGUCAGCAAUGUCCGAUGGUCACGCAACGGGCAGUAUGUGAGUGCCACGCCCGUGCAUACGAUCUAUCGUGUGAAUCGACAUCAUGCCGGAAAGUACACCUGCAGCGCGGACAACGGCCUGGGCAAGACGGGGGAGAAGGACAUCGUCCUGGAUGUGCUCUAUCCGCCAAUUGUGGUCAUCGAAUCGAAGACGCACGAGGCCGAGGAGGGGGAGACAGUGCUGGUGCGUUGCAAUGUGACCGCCAACCCGCCUCCGAUUACCAUCGAAUGGCUGAAGGAGGGUGCCCCCGAUUUCCGCUACACCGGAGAGCUCCUGACACUCGUCUCGGUGCGGGCGGAGCAUGCGGGAAACUACAUCUGUCGCUCGGUGAAUAUCAUGCAGCCGUUCAACACGAAGCGUGUCGAGGGCGUGGGCAACUCCACGGUGGCUCUGCUGGUCCGUCACCGGCCCGGACAGGCGUACAUUACGCCCAACAAGCCCGUGGUCCACGUGGGCAAUGGUGUGACGCUCACCUGCUCGGCCAAUCCCCCCGGCUGGCCUGUGCCGCAGUACCGCUGGUUCCGCGACAUGGACGGCGAUGUGGGCAACACCCAGAAGAUUCUCGCCCAGGGACCCCAGUACUCCAUACCCAAGGCGCACCUGGGCAGCGAGGGAAAGUACCAUUGCCAUGCGGUGAAUGAGUUGGGCAACGGAAAGAUUGCCACCAUCACACUGGAGGUCCAUCAGCCGCCCCAGUUCCUGGCGAAGCUGCAGCAGCACAUGACUCGACGCGUGGGGGACGUGGACUAUGCGGUGACGUGCAGUGCAAAGGGCAAGCCCACGCCGCAGAUCCGUUGGAUCAAGGACGGCACCGAAAUUCUGCCCACCCGAAAGAUGUUCGACAUACGGACCACUCCGACGGACGCUGGCGGUGGAGUCGUUGCCGUCCAGAGCAUCCUGCGGUUCAGGGGCAAGGCCCGACCCAACGGGAAUCAGCUGUUGCCCAGCGAUCGCGGCCUUUACACGUGCCUGUACGAGAACGACGUGAACUCGGCCAACUCCUCGAUGCAUCUGCGGAUCGAACACGAGCCCAUCAUCAUCCAUCAGUACAAUAAAGUGGCCUAUGAUAUGCGCGAGUCCGCCGAGGUCGUGUGCCGUGUCCAGGCCUAUCCCAAGCCCGAAUUUCAGUGGCAAUUCGGCAACAAUCCGUCGCCGUUGACCAUGUCCUCGGACGGCCACUACGAGAUUAGCACCAGGAUGGAAAACAACGACAUUUACACCUCCAUUCUCCGGAUUGCACACCUCCAGCACUCGGACUACGGCGAGUACAUCUGUCGGGCUGUCAAUCCGUUGGACAGCAUUCGGGCGCCCAUCAAACUGCAGCCCAAGGGACAGCCGGAAAAGCCCACGAAUCUCAAGGUCCUGGAAGUGGCCCACAACUAUGCGGUGCUCGCCUGGCAGCCGGGCUUCAAUGGGGGCUUCAUGAGCACCAAGUAUCUGGUCAGCUAUCGCCGCGUGGCCACGCCGCGGGAACAAAUGCUGGCGGAUUGUUCGGGCAACGGCUAUAUACCCAGCUAUCAGGUGUCCUCGAGCUCCUCCAGUGUGGGGGCCCACGAGUGGAUCGAGUUCAACUGCUUCCGCGAGAAUCCCUGCAAGCUGGCGCCCCUCGAUCAGCACCAGAGCUACAUGUUCAAGGUCUACGCCCUGAACUCCAAGGGCACCUCGGGGUACUCCAAUGAGGUCCUGGCCACCACGAAAGUCAGCAAAAUACCGCCCCCACUGCAUGUGAGCUACGAUCCCAACUCCCAUGUCCUGGGCAUCAAUGUGGCUGCCACUUGUCUGUCCCUCAUUGCCGUUGUCGAGUCGCUGGUCACGCGGGAGGCCACCGUGCCCAUGUGGGAGAUUGUGGAGACCCUGACGCUGCUCCCGUCCGGCAGGGAGACGACUUUCAAGGAGGCUGUCAUCAAUCACAUGGCUCGAACGGCGCACUACACCACGGCCACGUCUUCGGGCAGGAAUGGGGCCCAUCUGGGCGAGGAUCGGACCAUGGCACUGGCGGAAACAGCCGGACCCGGACCCGUGGUACGCGUGAAGCUGUGCCUCCGCUCGAACCACGAGCAUUGCGGGGCCUAUGCGAAUGCAGAAAUUGGCAAAUCCUACAUACCCAAUGAUUCGUCCAUCACCACCUCGGCGCUGGUGGCCAUCGUCAUUGCCUCGUUAUCGUUUCUGGUGUUUUUGGCCUUGCUUUACGCCUUUUGCCGUUGUCGGCGCACGCAUGCGGCCAAAAAGCAAGCAGCCGGAGGCACUGCCACAGCCACAACGACAGCCACGACGACGGGGCCCGGGGCCAAGGAGUACGACCUGGAUGAUACCCCAACAUCCGGCACUGACCCGCAGCAAACCCAACAGCAGCAGCAGCAGCCACCGAAUCUCCCCCCGCCACCACCGUAUUAUCCCAGUGGCACUUUGGACAGCAAGCAAGACGGCAGCGGUGGCGGCAUGGAGCUGACCCUCACGGCCCUGCACGAUCCUGACGAGCAGCUGAACAUGCAACAGCAGCAACAGCAGCAGCAGCAGAACGAAGCUCUCCACAGCGGACUGUACCAUCAGCCGCAGGCCAAAGCCAUGUUGGGACUCUACGGCGGCGGUGGCGGCGGCGGUGGAGGCGGAGGCGGCAGCCAGCACUCGAAUGGCUAUGGCUAUCAUGUGACAAGUGCCAUUGGUGUGGAUGGCGACAGCUAUCAAGUGAUGCCCUCAUCCGCAGCAGCAGCAGCCGCAGCGGCAGGACACGGUGCAGGCGAGUCAGGACCACUUGAGGCGACACCAGUAGCCGGCAUCCAGCAGCAGAAACUACAACAAAAUUCAGCACGCGCCAAUCUAACGAACCAACCCACCAUCAGCAACACCAACACCAACACCAACACCAUCUCCAACACCGCCACGAACCUCACCAACACUCACAGCACCCUCAAGCCCAACUCCAACACCGCCACCUCCAACUCCAACCCCAACUCCACUUCGAAUGCCACCUCAACCUUAAAGCGGAAGAACCAUCUGGGAAGUGGAUGUGGCAAGGAUAGGAUAGAGAGGGAGCGGGAGAGGGUUUUGCUAACCGCAGCCACGGCGGCAACAACCACAGCCCUGGCAACCACCAUUACAACAACAUCACGUAAUGCCAAAACCGCAACAACAACUACAACGCUGGCCAUCACAGGGUCGAGCAACAAUUCGAAUGAGAACAACUACAGUAAUGCCAGGGAUCUGUCGCAGGAGGCUCUGUGGCGGCUCCAAUUGGUUGCGGCCCAGCAAUCGCAGCAAAUCUACGUGGAACGACCGCCAUCGGCGUUCAGCGGUUUGGUGGACUACAGCGGCUAUCCGUCGCACAUUCAGACGGUCACCAGUUCGCUGAGUCAACAGAAUUUCGGACAGUCGGUGGGGGGAGCGGGUGGAGCCGGUGCAUCGGGCACACAGCCCCUGGCACCGCACGAAAUGCUGCAGGCGGCCCAGCGGUAUGGCACGCUGAGGAAGUCGGGAAAACAGCCACCCCUGCCGCCGCUGCGCAAGGAUCUGCAGCAACAGCAGCAGCAACAGAAGCCGCAACAGCAGCAAUUAGCGGAUAUAAUACAGGAUUUGGCAAAUUAAACUAAUUGCCAGUUAAGGAGAGACAACAACCACAGCAACAACAGCAACAACAACAACAACAACAAAGCAACAAUUUGACAUUAGCAUUUAAGUAAGUAUACCACACGCAAAAAAAAGAUUAAACAAUUUGAAUUUUUAGCUGUUUAAGUGAGCGUGAAAUUUGCUAACAAAAGCAAAACCAAAAACCAAAAUCAGUAUAAAAAUGAGCCUAUUUCGACCAAAAAAACACAUGAAAAACGAAAAACGUAUUGUAAAUGUAAAAAAAUUGAAGAAAUACAGAGAAAUACCAAAAAAUACCACACAAAAUACUAAAAGUAUGCUAAGAAAUAUACUAUAAAUAUACCAAAAACUAGUUUUUAACUUGGAUUAGAAAUAAAAUGUUUUCCAUUAUUAGCUUUUAGGUAUUUUUUACUCCAUGAAUUUUUGUAUUGUAAAUGGUAUUUUUUAGGAUUAUUCUUUAUGGUAUGAAGUUUGCUUUUUAUCAAAAUUAACGAAUGCUUCCUCCUAUCAAACUACAUUUUAAAAAAGAUUUUCAGGAAAAAUACCAACAACACCGCAAUCAAACACAAAACAUUUACAAUGCAAAUACAAACACAAAUAUACCAAAAAAAAAAAAUGAAAAAAAAAAUACCAACCAAAUAUACCAAAAGCACUAGGCAAUAAAACGGUAGUAAAAUUAAACCACUAAGCAAAUAUAAUCAUUUUUUGGGAGUAACGCAGCCACUUUAUUUCCACUCAGAUUUUCGCAGUUAAAUAAUCAUUUAUUGUUCUUAUUUUUUGGUAUUUUAUUGAGAGAGGAUAGCAUUUUAUUGCGAGCCUGUGGCCGGGCGGGCACAAUAACACCACCAUAAUAUGCUGGUAAAAUUGUUAUUCUGGUCUGGCCCAUUGUUUAAACCAAAACACAGCCAAACACAAAAGCCACCUUUUGAGGUUUUUCUGUUGUAUAUGUUUUUUUUUUCUUUUUUUUUUUGGUUUCUGUGGAAAAUAUGGAAAUUUUUGGUGGGUUUAAAUCAAAUAAAAGAGACAAAAUGUGCAUUUAAUUGCUUUUUCAACGCCCAAAAAUAGAGCGAAGAGCGAAGAAAGGAGAGGGUAAAUAUAGAAAAUCAAAACUUUACCAAAGGCAAAAAUUCGUAGAGUUUUCUGCACUGUUGCCCUGCGAUCUGGGGUCUGGGCUUUGGGCUUUGGGCGCUGGGCUCCUCAUUAGCUUUUGUCUCUAUUGGGGCAUUAAAUUGGAAAGCGAAUAUUUGUUUGCACGGAUCGACUAAUUGCGCUGCUAAUUUCAAUUGUUCUCCAUUGUCAGCGUUUACAAUAAUGCAAAAAUUGUAAUUACAAAUUAACAAUUGGUCCAGGGUCCAGUGUCCAGUGUCGCGUGACCUGACCUCCUCCUCGGGUGCAAAAUUAGAUUGUGUAAAUUUGCAAAUUAAUUUGCCAAUGGACAAUGCCCUCAGCGCCACUCACGAUUCGAAUUGACAAAAUCAGAGUACAUCAAAAUCCAUUCAUUUUCGCACACACAAAUCCGAGGGGUUUUCUACAGAUUGUAUUAUUUUUAUUUUACAUUUUUUACAUUGUAUAGACGUUAGUAUAGGAUAUCUUAAUGGAAUACAAAAUGGUCUUUACUCUGACGAAUCUGUAAAUAGUAAGCCACGACCUGGACACUGGUUGCAGGUUGUAUUAAAUUGUUGCCACAACAAGUUGAAACAUUAAGCUGCCAGUCAAAAGGGAGUCCAAGGGAGAGUUGCAUUUAAAUUCUAGCAGGUAUAUAUUACCAAAUAAAAUACAGUAUAAAUACACAGACAGACAGACAGACAGACAGGCAAAAGCCACAGGAAAAAAAUAUGAAAAUUAAAAUAGCAAACACGUAACAUAAAAAAAUGGAAUUAAAACUAAAACUAAAACCAACAAAAAAGGAAUGCAUGAAAAAUAGAUGGAAUAAUCAACAGAAUUCAAUUUAAAUAUUAAACUGCCAGAAAGUGAAAGAAUUAUUUUGUAAACUCACGUAAAAUUAAGGAAUUUUCCAAGCUUUUAUUGGUUUUGUCGUAUUUUGAUGAAAAGACACUCAGCUCUAAGCCAUCAAAAUGGUUUGUAAAAUGUCAUUUUUGUUGCAACACUGCCCCUCCCCCGCGCCCCUUUUUAGCACUCAGUGAUAUACAAAAAAUACUGCACCGAAAAACAGAAAAUAUAUUGCAUCUUUAAUCCGUAAACUUGUUCCGAAAACUCUGUUAUGAAAUAUUCAAAACUAAUAAAUUGCCAUAAUUGAAGCAUUUAUUUUUCAAGCUACCAAAAACAAAAGAAAAAAGGUGUAUUUGCGCAACAAAUUAUGCAUAGAAAUUUAGUUAAAUAAAUUCAAUUAAAAUAUAAAUAAAUGCUGCGCAUAUUUAACCAAACCCCCAUAGAAAUAGUAACAAUUUUAAAUGCAUAAUUAAAGUCUAAGGGCAUUGUACAUAAAACAAAACCAAAGAAAAAUAUUUAAAUCGUAAUUUAAUUCCAAAAUAAAAUCUAUUUAAUAUAUACCGAAAAAAAUGUCAUAAAAAGUUAUGAAAAUGUAAUAGAAUUAAGGGUUGGAUUUUCGAAGAGAGUGUGUUUGUAUGUUAUGUUGGUCUGGUGUCUCAUAUAAAACGAAGAAAAAGGUAAGAAAUCUUUAAAAAUUAAAAAAAUUGCAUUCCAAACUCCCACCAAUCCCAAAAUUCCAGAGAAUAAACCGCCAUCAAGGCUAUGUAUUAUACAGAAAACAUUACUUACAAAAAAAUGUCACAUGAAGCGCAAGAAAUUCCAUUCAAUUUUGAGUUUUGAAAGACCAGACCAACACACUAGCUAUAGGAACCGCAAGUAUUUGUAAUCCGAAACAAAAUAAUGAUCAAAACUAGUCUUUAAACUAUGGUUAACCUUAAGCUAAGUCUUCAAACUAUGUUUAACUGUCCAUUUUUUCCAAUGAUACAUACAUGUGUGUCCCAUUG